GUGCAAUCAGGUAGCUGACCCCCGGCCGCCCUUCUUGCCAGAGAUAUUAGAAGACAAUUCCCUGCCAUCAUCCACCCAUGGCUGAAGAAGUGCCUUCCUUCCGAGAUGUGCUCUCAACGUCAUCAUCGGACGGAUUGUUCAAACAGAACCCACGGUCAGAGGAAGUCAUCCGGGUGAUUUGUAACGAGGAUGAGCUCAAAGCGGCGUGGAUUCUUCGUGACGCUAGUUUUCCGCCGGAGGAGUCCGUAUCCCUGGAGGAUUACCUGAAGUACUAUCGCGCUGCGCCUCACCUCUGCUUCGGCUACUUCGAUGGGGAGAAGGUACGGGGGUUUCUGCGCGGAGCGAGCAAGAAGGGCGACCACUUCUCAGCAGAUUCCACAGGAGCCGGGGACUCACACGACCCGGAGGGGGACACGAUGGUUCUGCAGAUGCUCUGUGUGGAGGAGCAGUCCCGACGUAGGGGCAUCGGCCAGAGCCUGAUCAGGGCCUUCACCGAGUAUGUGAAGGCAAAGGAGACCAAGGUGCAGAGGAUCAUCCUGAUGUGCCACGCCGAGCUCAUCCCCGUGUACACCCGCGUGGGGUUCACCCUGGUGGGGAGGGCAGAGGUCAAGUUCGGGAAGAGGGCGUGGUACGAGUGCUGCCUGGACCUCGCCACGUACGAGCCGGCGGCAACGGACGACGCCUUCCAGUCAAGAUAUAUCUCCAUGGCAAUGGACAACGUCAGUGGAUCCAAGUCUGUUCCCAUGACAACGGGGAAUGCCAAUGGAUCCACCAUUUCCAUUGAGAGCGAAGAGGAGUUUGAGGAACUGAAGGCGCUGGACUACAGUGAUUGACUGCUAACAUCCUGUGUAGCUCUGUUGUAUAAUGUGAUGGAGCAAAGCUACAGUUAGAGUCAGUUUACUGUGUCAUUUUGCAAAUGCAGUCUUUAUAUAUAAGAUAUAACCUCCAUUUAUCUGCCAGAUUACAUAUAUCCGCCACUUUGAAAAUACAUUUUGUAGUAAAGCACCUCCAUAUAUUGUAGUUUACCUUAGAUAUGCAGGCACUGUACAUU